GAACACGAGGAACAUCUGCAUGAACUCUGAUCACGUCGUAUCAUGUUUUGGUUUAUCUUAAGUGCCGUUUUACUUCUAUUCGCGGUAAGAUUCCGCUUUCCAUACUUCAUCACAGACGUCCAGUACGCCUACCGAAUCUUAUUACUCGCAUAUCACACGACCAAAAUAAGAAAAUCCAAACCUUUCUAUACUUUAGGGGACCGAUUUCUGGAGCAAGUCCAGAAACAUCCCGACAAAGUGUUUAUUAGCUUUGGCGACGAGACGUACUCGUACGCGGAGACGGAUAGACGGAGCAAUAAGAUCGCGAGGUGUUUAUUAAAGCACGCGGGUCUUCACGAGGGAGAUUCGGUGGCUCUUCUCAUGGGAAAUGAGCCCAUGUUCAUGUGGAUGUGGUUGGCUUUGACGAAGAUCGGCUGCUCUGCGGCUCUUCUGAACUAUAACAUCAGAUCCAGAUCACUGCUGCACUGCUUCUCCUGCAGCGGAGCCAAAGCACUCAUCGCCUCAGCAGAGCUGCAGGAUGCUGUUGAAGAAGUGCUGCCUGCGCUCAGAGAGCAAGGAGUCACGGUCUAUAUACUGACUGACAGUGUUAACUGUGACGGGACUGAGAGUUUAACCGACAAGAUCAACCAGGCUUCAGAUGAGCCCAUUCCUGCCGACCUGAGAGCCAACAUCACCUUGAGAAGUGUAGCGGUGCACAUCUAUACAUCAGGCACGACAGGUCUUCCAAAGGCAGGUUUGGUUACUCAUCAGAGGUUGUGGGCGAUGUCCCUCUUCCAGUUUCUUUGUGGAGGGACCUCUGAAGAUGUUGUGUAUAUCAACCUUCCCUUGUAUCACAGUGCUGGGUUUUGUAUCGGAUUCACAGGGUGUAUUGAGAGAGGAAGCAGUGUAGUUUUGAAGAGCAAGUUUUCGUCCUCUCAGUUUUGGGAUGACUGCAGGAAAUACAAUGUAACUGUGAUCCAGUACAUUGGAGAAACAAUGCGUUAUCUCUGCAAUACACCAAAGCGAUUUAGCGACCCAGUACACAGCGUUAGAAUGGCCAUUGGGAACGGGAUGAGGGCAGAUGUUUGGAGGACAUUUAUAAGCCGGUUCGGUCAUAUUGAAAUCAAAGAAUUCUACGGUGCAACUGAGGGGGUCACAGGUUUCCUGAACUUCGCUGGGAAAAUUGGGGCUGUUGGUAGAUUGCACGCUAUUCAUAAGAGGGUAAGCCCUUAUGCCAUGGUUAAGUUUGACCAAGAGCUAGAGGAACCUGUCAGGAACGCUGAUGGAUUUUGCACAGAGGCUGCUAAAGGUGAGACAGGUCUGCUGCUGUCGAAGAUCACCCAAAGGCAUCCUUUUAUUGGAUAUGCCGGAGAUCAGAAGCAUACAGAAAAGAAGAAACUGUACAAUGUGUUUGAAAAGGGAGACGUAUACUUCAACUCUGGCGAUCUGUUCAGGAUAGACAGUGAUAACUUUAUCUACUUUCAGGAUCGUGUGGGCGACACUUUUAGGUGGAAAGGGGAAAACGUGUCCACAAAUGAAGUAUCGGACGUUCUAACAAUAGUAACAUGUAUAGAGCAAGCAAACGUGUACGGCGUUACAGUUCCAGGACAUGAGGGAAGGAUAGGAAUGGCUGCCGUCAAACUAAAGGACGACCGACAGUUAGAUUGCGAAGGUCUUUUUAGUCACGUGACCACUUACCUUCCUUCUUACGCCAGACCGCGCUUCAUACGGAUCAAGAAUGACAUGGAUACUACUGGCACCUAUAAAUAUAUGAAAGUAAAGCUAACAGAGGAGGGCUUCAACCCUGUGCGAAUCAAAGAGCCUCUGUUUGUUCUGGAUGAGACGGUGAAUAGCUACAGACCUCUGACACAGGAAACAUACCAGUCCAUAUCAGAGGGUCACUUCAGGUUGUGAAUAGCAGGCAAUGAAAGUUAUUUGAUUACAGACUGUUAAAACUAAACUCACCAUUGCAAUACAAUAACUGUCCAGAUAUCAGAUACACUUUAUAUGAGUUAUAUUGAUGUAAACUACAGAAAUUCCUAUGUAAAGAAAAUAACUUUGCUUUUUUGUGUUUCACAAAUAUUUCAUUUUCGCAGCACAGUAUUUUAAAAGCACACAUUUUCUCUGGUAACGUGGUUUGAAAAGACUAGAAAUAUCAAAGUGUAUUAUUUAAUUGUCUGUCUGAGAGCUCUCAAAGAACUUUCUCCUGUGGUCUGUGGUAGACACAUUGUUUAGUAAGUGUUUUCUAGAAAAUGAUUGGCCUGAGUAGAAACCCUCCCACUCAUGUCUCAAAGGUUGUAUUGGAGGAAAGGGUUGCCAAAUUGGGAAGAAAUGUACAUUUUGCCUCUACCACAUACUUAAGAUUCUUAUGACAAAACCAUUUCUUAUGUUGUCAGUAUGUCAUUUUAACUGGUCUCAAGGCCGAGACUAGGGGGAAUUCCCUCUCCAAAUUUUUCUUGGGCCCCUCCAAAGAUUUUCAAGCUGACAAUAAAAUAUUUAAAAAUUAA